CGCUCCAUACUUAGACAGCCAUUUUUCCAGAGCAUCUCCAGGUUCUUCUCCUUCUUCCAUUGACCUCCUUUCUCCAGGUCCUUGUUUUAUGAAGAAAGACUGCUCUUUUUUUUAAACUGGAAGGAGUGCCAAUCCAGUCCCCCAACUACUACAAAUUAUGCGGUCAAGUUUCCUACAGGGAGAAAUCACAAAGGGUCAGCACAUCUGGAGGGCAAUAGAUGGUCUUAGACAAUCCUUAUGAACAGGUCACUUGACUACCCCCAAAAGGGGUUUUGAACCACAGCUUGAGAACUGACUACCAUUGUAGCCUAAGGAGAAGUCAUACAGGACUCGUGAGCAGACAUUUGCCAAGUGACUAUUAUGCACCGACCUAUUCAGCAGGACAACAGAUUCUCCUUUCCAUCCCACAGUUCUGCGAGUGUUCAGGGUAGUGGAAGGUUUGCUGAAUAAGACAAAUUCAAAUAAUCUUCAAAUCAUUUCUGUGCAAAUUCAUUGGCAGAGCCAUUAGACGAACAGCUUACCCGUGGCUUACAGUGAAAUGCAGCCCAGAGAACAAGAAAUAUAAACAGAAAGUUUGCUCUGAUUCUGUUUAUCUACAUCAACCCCUCCUGGGGUCUAUUUGGUGGGAUUCUUCAUCAUCAUGAAUCCUGCCCAACUUCACAUUUUAAAAAAUCGAGACCAUAUGAAAGACCUCCGCAGGUACCUGAUGUUCAAAUACAUCCAGUAUCUAGUCCUGCCUUCUCCGAAUGUCAUCAUCAUUCUGCUGGGAUCUCUUGCCAGUCUCUAUGUCAUGCUGCUAUUGACAUUUCCUUCCGUUUCCAGAAAAUCCACUGCGGUGUUUAUUGGUAGCAUAGCUCAGGCAGACAUCUUAGUUGUCUGCAGCUUGUUUUCUGCUAUCUCAGCAUGCGUGAUAAGGAGCGAGCCAUCGUCAACUUCUUUUCAACUAGCCUUGAGGCAAAACUUCCAAAUUGCAAAUAUCCAUGCCAGUUCCCUUUUACUCAGCUGUGUUACCCUUGAGGCUUUUCUGAUUACUUUUCUUCCAGUAGAGACACGCCACAUAAGGAAUGUUAGAUGUGCCAGAGUGGCUUCUAAAAUCAUCUGGGCUGUUGUAAUUACCGAGUGUUUCCUUUAUCAGCUUGAAUAUGUCAAAGGCCUUAACAUCUCCUAUCUUGGCAUUCAUAGGCAAAUUCAGCUAUUGAUGAAUUUCUUUUAUGAGGCCACAGUGCUGCUGAAAUUACUUAUUUAUCCCAUUGGAGUUCUUCUAAGAAUCUUCAACGUAUAUCUUUUUUAUAAAAUGUAUUUCCGAGACCAUUAUAGUUAGUUUCUCAGGCCUGUGAGAUAUAAUGGCCCCGUUGUUUUGUCAAACAGUCAUAUUUAUGGGGCUAUGAAGACAUUUUAUAGCUGUGGUUAACUUUAGUUUGUUAAUAUCAAGAAAAAAUACUAACAUCAGUAGUGUCGAUUGACCUCAUGUAAACAGUUAAAGGUUUUGAGAACAAAACACUAGACUUUCUAGUGAAAGGAAUGUUGUCUGAAGACUGCUCACUUGAGUCUCCAAGCUGCUGUCUGCACUGCACAUUUCAGCGUCAAGACUAUAGCACCUGUGUUCCUGAUGUGCCAGCCUGGUGGCCCAUCCCACAGUGUUUCAACUCUCUAGCUCUGAAAAAUCAUGUGAGACAGUUAAAAGAAAGAGAAAAUACAACCUGCUCAGUUUAAAAAAUGAUACUUGUAUGUAUAUAUGAUUUCAGGAGUGACCACUUGCUAUCAGAUAACCAAUUCGUGUGCUCUUCCCUGGAGAAGACUAUUUCUCCUGCUCUCAACAUUCCUUAGUUGCCUAUAGUUCUCUAUCUGGGGUUGGGCUCCCAUGAGAUUCCCUUCAUCCCUGUUAGUGUGCCCAUUAUGGCCAUCUUUGUUCAUUGGUGAGGCUUCAUGGAUGAAGUUUCUGACAUUACCAAAAG